AUGGUAGACGUUGAUGUACAGGAAAUGCCAAGCGUAUGUGGUACAGCAGUAAGGGAGGGUGUCACAGUAGGAUUGGAUGAGCCAGAUGAUUACAUGCGGUACAAGAAGCUUGAGAAACAACUCGAACACUUAGAUGUUAUGGAGGAAUAUGUGAAAUUAGAAACACGAAAUUUGGAGAAGGAAUUAUUGCAUGCGCAAGAAGAGGUUAAACGAAUACAGUCUGUUCCUUUAGUUAUUGGCCAGUUCUUAGAAGCCGUUGAUCAAGACCAUGCAAUUGUAGGAUCAACUACUGGAUCAAAUUAUUUUGUUCGCGUGUUAUCUAUUCUGGAUCGUGAACUGCUAAAACCCGGUUGUAGCGUUGCACUGCAUAAAUAUAGCAAUGCUCUUGUUGAUGUGUUGCCACCGGAAGCAGAUUCGACAAUACAAAUGCUGCGUGCCGAUGAAAAACCUGACGUUUCAUACGCCGAUAUUGGAGGUCUCGAUAUGCAGAAACAGGAGGUUCGGGAGGCGGUAGAACUUCCGCUUACUCAUGGCGAACUUUAUCAGCAGAUCGGUAUUGAUCCUCCACGAGGUGUACUUAUGUAUGGUCCACCAGGAUGUGGUAAAACAAUGCUUGCAAAAGCAGUAGCAGCACAUACAACAGCUUCAUUCAUCCGUGUUGUAGGAAGUGAAUUUGUUCAAAAAUAUCUUGGAGAAGGACCACGAAUGGUACGUGACGUGUUUCGUCUAGCUAAAGAGAAUAGUCCAUCGAUAAUAUUCAUCGAUGAAAUUGAUGCAAUUGCAACGAAACGAUUCGAUGCACAAACCGGUGCUGAUCGUGAAGUACAACGGAUUUUGCUAGAAUUGUUGAAUCAAAUGGAUGGUUUUGAUCAGAGCACAAAUGUUAAGGUAAUCAUGGCAACAAAUCGUCAAGACACUUUGGAUCCGGCACUUCUACGUCCUGGUCGUUUAGAUCGUAAGAUUGAGUUUCCAAUGCCGGACCGUCGGCAGAAACGUCUUAUUUUCUCGACAAUUACAGCAAAAAUGAAUCUUUCGGAUGAGGUUGAUAUGGAAGAUUUUGUUGCUAGACCAGAUAAAGUUUCUGGUGCAGACAUCAAUGCCAUAUGUCAGGAGGCUGGUAUGCAUGCAGUUCGUGAAAAUCGUUACGUUGUACUAACAAAAGAUUUUGACAAGGCGUACAAAUCAGUGAUAAAGAAAGAUCAAAAUGAUUUUGAAUUCUAUAAAUAA